GGUCAAAUUUGUCACAAGCUCAAAGGGUUUUCGUGCUUUUUUGGAAAAGAAGAAAAAAAACCUUGCAGGUUGCAGCAGCAGCAGGAGCUCGGUGACUCACCAACGAGACGAGGAAGAGAGGGACACCUUAGUGUUGUCUGUUGACACGGGUGGGACUGAGGAGCGUUUCGGAUUUGAGAUUUUUCAAUUCAAUUGAGAGGAGAGAGAGGAAGAGUGUGGAGGCGGCAGAGAAUUCGAUGAGCCGACCUGAACCCUUGCUUCGUUCAUGGAUUCAAUGGCGGUAUGUGCUUCAACAUAUGAUUGAUUUUACGUGCCACUGUAUUUGAAGAAGAAGAAGAAGCAGUGCCAUCAAAUCAACGGAUCAGUUCAUGCCCAUGGAGUCAUCAUCACCGCCUGAAGCUCAGGAAGAGUCCACCCUUUUCUGCUCUUCGAUUCCUCGCGGUGGGCCUAUCUUCGUCCCCAAUCUUGUCGGUCCCCUCACCAGGGUCCCCUAUUUCGAGUCUUCUCUUCUUCAUCUUCUUCAGGAUUUGGAGGCUGAAAUAUCUUCUGGGUCAGUGAAUUCCUGCGACGAAGAUAUCUCAGUUGAUGAGCUUAAAGUUUUCAGUGAGGUGGAGUUGGUGGAUACGGCUAUGAAGAAAGCAUUUAAUGAUGAAGAAGAACUCUCUCUUAUAGAGAAUUCAGCGAGCAUGGAAGAUGCUGCAAAUGCGGCUGCUGCUGAGUGCACUAAUGAACCUACAACAAAGGCAACUUCGAAUACCGCCACAGGAGGUAAAUCAAAGAAGAGAAGGAGAAGGACCAAGAAGAGUAAAGCUCAGGCAGAUGGAGGAGCUGAUGAUUCUUCUACACGACCACCAGAAAAUGAGUCCAAUGCAGGAGGGGAGCAGGGGAAAGGCAUAUCGAAUGGAGAAUAUUCUCUUAUAGAGAUUCCGACAAGCAAGGAAGAUACUUCAACUACACCCCAGUGCUACAAUGAAUCCGCAUCAGAAACUACUUUAAAUACUGCCGUGGGGGAUAAAGCGAAGAAGAGAAGGCGAAAGACCAAUAAUACUCAAGCUCUUGUAGUCAGUUAUAUAACAAAAGUUGAGGAAGUUGUUCAGAUUAAAAAGAAGCAGGACGAAGACAAAGCAGGAGCAAUUGGGCUGCAUUCUUUCAAUGCCAUUCAAAAGAUAAGUGGAGGUGCUAUGCCAUCUGCAGAGAGAGCUAAAAAGUUGGAAGUCAUGAGAUCAACUGGUUCCAAAGUUAAGUUGAAACCCUCUAGUAUUCAAGAUCAUGUACCUCUGCAGUAUCCAGAAGUCGUUCUUUCAGUUGAAGUUUACCAUAACAACCGAAAAUUCAAUAAGACACAAGAGUUCUUGGUCCUAGGGCGUCAGUUGUUGACUGAACUGAGAGACAAGAUAUACUGCAUCACGGACCAUGUAAUGGAAAAAGCUUGCUCGUAUGAUCCUUCUGGAUAUUUUCUCAUAGAAGAUAUCUUCUGCAAUGAUCUUAGAGACCCUUCAGCUGUAGACUAUAGUGAGCCCAUACUCGAGUGGCUCAGGACUUCUAAGGAAGAAGCUCUUCAGAAAUGGGACUGCAUUGUUAGCGGUGAGUUACAGCAGAAGCAGAAAGCAGUCAUAGGCGAAGUAUCGAACCUGCAGUUGCCUCAAUUUAAAGCUGUGGAAAUGCAAAAAGCUCGCUUCUGUGACCUAAAAUUCCAACUGGGAGCGGGAUACCUGUACUGUCACCAGGGAGACUGCAAGCACACUAUCGUGAUUAGGGACAUGAGGCUAAUUCAUCCCGACGAUGUGCAGAACAGAGCAGCUUAUCCCAUCACCACGUUUCAACAUAAGACUCGAGCAUUGAAAUGUUCUGUAUGUAGGAUAUACAGAGCGACCAGGGUGACUCUUGACGAUAAGUGGGCCCAGGAGAACCCUUGCUAUUUCUGUGAGAACUGCUAUUUCCUGCUCCAUUACUCCAAGGACAGGUCUCUGAUGUACAGUGACUUCUCUGUAUUCGACUAUCAUCCUGAUUAACAAUUUUGAAACAUUGUAUUAAGGUCGAGCUGACAGGCCGGCCGAUUCUUUUGUACAUGUCAAAUUUUUUGUCCUUCAAUUUAAUAUAAUUCUGUUAUAUAGCUCA